AUGACAAUGACACCAACCACAUCACCGAACACGCCACCCAAUCAAGAUCAAGAUGUCGGCAUGGAUUUCGAGUCAUACAUCGAGCUCCUAAAUUCAGACACGGCCGUCUUGAAUAUCAUGGCCAAGGGACAGGGUGCCCUCACACUCACUCAACAGCGACGACAACACACGCUCUAUGUAUUCUUCCACCCUAACGAGCUACUGUCAACUACCGGGCCCCAAUCAUCCCUUCCCCAAGCUAACCCAAGGAAAAGAAGGUGCACGCAAGCAGACAAUGUCAUGGACCAAGGAUGGGGCGACGGAGCCGUACUACGCAUUCAAGAGCUCUUGCCCCCCGAAUUCCUAGCCGCCCAUCUUGGCAACAAUCCGACGGGCGACGCCGCCAUCUUCCUCAACAACACGGAUGCCGUGCAGCUCAUCAAACACCAACAGCAGCACUCUAGCAGCAGCAGCAGCAGCAGCGAAGACGCCUUCGAAGAACUCGUCACCAGCAUCUACAAAUCCGACAGCCAGGCGGGGAAGAACCGCAUCCGGUGGCUCUACCUCAUGCUCUGCGUCUACGACAUGAUCCACCGCAAAUUCCCCGGCCGCACGCGCGUGGGGUCCAAGAUGAAGGAGCUCAUCCGGACGGAAUUCAAGACCCACAUUGCGCAGGCGACCUCGCACAACGAGACGGACGAGGCCGAGCUGACGGACGUGCUGGCCAAGUGGUUCCUCUCGGGGCAGAAGUUGAAUCUCCUGUGUGAGGCAUUCGGGGACGGGAGUUUGCUUAUCCUCGUGGAGCUGCUGAAGCAGGAUUUCGUCGAAGUGCGGAUGACCAAGACGGGCAAAAUGAAGGAGACGUCGUUCGAUCACCUCACGUACCUCAAGCUGGAAAGCCUGGCGGAAUCGUCGGGUGCGAACAUGCUGGGCGGGAACAUUCGAAAAACCUUGCUUCGAGAAUAUCCGAUCUAG